AUGUCCAAAGCCAACGCUACGACGACUGGUCGCAUCAUUCUACCCCUUGAUCUUCUCAACAUGGCCAAGUACUACAAUGUCAACCUUUCUGAGACGCCCGAACUCCUGCCCCUUAUAAAGCAAGCUGUCGAGACGCCAUUGCCGCCGAACUGGAUCGAGAUCGACGACACGGCAGACGAAGACGAACGCUCAGAUACCGUCCCGUAUGCAGGCGCACCGCUCUAUAUGAACGAGCUCAGUGGAGUUGUUCAGCGUGAGCACCCUGCAGAUGAGUACUUCCGCAAUCAGAUUCAUGCUCACCGACGCAAUGACGGACUGCGUGCCGGCGCCAGCGCAUGGCUCGAGUUCCGUCGAGACAACAACGAGAGCUAUUUCUACGACUUCACCACGAACACGCAGCAAGAAGAAUUCCCGUUGGCAGGCCUCGUGCCGAACGCACCGCACAUUCAAAUUCCCAAAGAGGUGUUUGAACGCGCCGCCGAUAUCCACCGCCAGCCAAAGUCCAAAUUCAUCGACCAACUCGACAUUCUUUGCUUCCAUGCGUGGUGGCACGAGACGCGUGACGGCGCGCCAGAGAAGCGCUGUGCCGAUAUUUACUUUUCCAUUCGCACCAAACACUUCCAGUUUGUCCUCGGUAACUCAGAGCACGUGUACACAAUCUCGCACAUCAAUGGCCGCGACGGCAAGCCGCUAGAGGCAUGGGAUCUCCACAUCGGAGCCAAAAUUACAAUUCUUGGCCGCCCAACAAGCCUUAUGAAGGCCAGCAUGCUGACGCUUCAGUGGCUGGAGACCCAAGAGAAGCAACUGCGCGCAAUUCAGGAAAAACUUAGUACAGAGCUCAAGAAAUACAACCCGCGCCAUUGCGACACCAAAUACAAACCCCCGAUCGAAAGCCCCGAAAUUCGUCUCGCACUGUCGAGUCCUUGCUUGCGUGCGCUUCGCGACGACGUUGUGUACCUUCGCGAGAGCUUGGCCAAGUUCCGGCCCGACCUCGCCGGUAGCCUAACCAAGUCGCUCCACCUUCCUGCAUGA